ACCGUGGGCUUUCGAUAGUGCGAUAGUGCCAUCGGUGCCACCACUAAUACACAAAUAAAAGUCGUCAAAUAGCAAUAAUAAAUAGGAAUAGUUGUAGAUUUGUGCAUUUAAUCUGUUCGUUUGUUGUGUUCCAAUCGACCGUCGGGGUCCCGUUGAGGUAACAGAACUUGCGGCGGAAGCGGAAGCUGUGCGAAAAGGUGCCAAAUUUUGCGUGCGCAUUUCAACACCUUUGUCAACGCUGGUUCCUAUUUGGUGACCGACGGCACACACACACACAGCCAGGCACACACGCGCAAGCAAGCUUACAGCCAGAACAGCGGGCGAAAGUGCGAGGGAGAGGCAGACAAACAACCGUGCGAGAACAACAACGAUCGAGCGCCUCCAGCGGUCGCAGCCCAGGCAAAAGCCAGCAAUGGAAAUGGCCAACAUGAUCGGCAACAACCACAGCGGCGGGAGCAGCAGCAACAACAGCAGCAACACCUACGGCAGCUACAACAACAGCGCGGCCGCCAGUGGUAACAGUAGCGGGGAGGCGGCGCGGCUGCGGGAUGUGUGCAGCAUGCUGAAUUCCGGCGGCGCAGCCGGCUACCAGAUACCGGCAGGUGGCUGCGCCUACGAUCACAUCAUCGCCCUGAUGCGGGGCCUGGACCUGCAGGACGACGGCAUCGUGCUCAACUCCAAGAUCAAGACCAUCGAGACGGACUUCUGCAACAUAGUGCGCGACGAAUCGAUGCUGUGCGAGUCCAUGGAUUACCUGAACGACAAGGCGCUCGGAGAUGGCGACACGGCCCUGAAGUUUGCCCUGCUUUUCUCGUCGCGCAACUUUGACGCCUUGGCCAUGAAGGAGACUAAGGUGCGCAGCGCCAUGCUCAAGAUCCUGGAGACAAACUUCCUCAACGCCGACACGUACCGGAUGCACGACAAGAACCGUCUGUACAACUCGAUCACGCUGCUGGGCGAGUACUAUCACAGAGUGCGGCUGGCGGACAAUGCCCCGAUCACCAUUCUGGGCGAGUCCCUGCUGGACCUGCUCACACGCGAGCUGAACGACACUACAGUGGUGCUGGGCACUCGAAUUGCCCGCCUGGUGCUCUCGCAAAUCACGCUGAACGGGGAGAUAAUGCGCCAGCGUCACAAGGUGGAGAUCGACCUGCUGCUGUUCCACGUCCGCCGACACCUGAUUAUGCAGCCGGCACUGACCGCCAAGGUGAAGGCCAUGCUCCUGAUGGUGCUGGAUCUAUUUUAUAGUCACUUUAAGCAUAUCGGGCACGAUCUGGAGGCGAUGUACACCGACUACCUGGUGGUGGAGGAUGGCGAAGAGGAUGGUGUGAACAACAACGGCUCUGGUGGAGGUGUCAACCCGCAGCAACAUCAGCAGCAGCAUCAGCUACAGCACCAGCAGUCGGAGAACGGCAGCAGUGCCAACACCUCCGUCCAGGAUCAGGACUCGUUCGAUCCACCCCCGUCGACGAAGAAGUGGAGCGAGCAGGUCUGCGAGGACUCCUUCUGCGACGUGGGCUUUGGCGAGGCAGAGCAGGGCGGUGAGCGCUACUCGGAGGCAGGAGCUCAUUCCUAUCCAACCAACAACUCCAUCCCAAUAGGCCGCCACGGACGACGUGGCUUCCAACCGCGCCAGGUUUCAAGGCCCCUGAAGCCAACACAUCACCAGCAGCAGCAGCAGCAACAACAGCCACCGAGCAUAGACGCCAACUCCGACCAGUAUCCAUCCAUGGCCAGCAACGAGGAUCGCGACGAGAGCAAGCCGCUGCCCAGCUGGCGGAAGACGCGCUUCAAUCGCAACAACGACGGCGACCACAGCAACGGCAGGUCCCGCGACCAGCAGCGGCGAUACAGCGUGAACUGCGACGAUGACCAGCACAGCGUUCGCAGCGAGGGAGCCGGCAACCUGCGUCUCUACAGCAUCCACGAUCGGAGGAAACACUCGCAGGAGCGGCACGAGCGCAAUAUGACCGGCGGCGGCGGUGGCAACUACAACAGCAUUGUCAACUCGAAUUGGGAUCAGCGGGAUCGGGACGAUCGCAGCGAGCGCUCCUACAUCAGUAACUACGAGCGCGGCAGCAACUACAAGCGAGGUGGGCGAUUUAACAAUCGCAACACCUACGACAAGCCACCGCGUUUCCAGAAGCAGCAACAACAACAACAGAUGCAGCAGCAGCACCACCAGGGCGGAGGACACCAGAAGAUACACAGUGACACUUGGCGGCGCUCCAACACGGCCAUAAACAGCGGCUACCAGGAUGAGAACUGUGCGUACAACUCCAAUGGACCGGAGUCCAAUAGCCGCAGCUCCUCAAGGGCUCGCACUCUGCCCAGACCCUCAAAGUCGCAUAUGGAUAAAUCUGCUGGAUAUCGGUACAAUCAGAGUCCUACCCAGGGAGGAGGAGGUGGUGGGGGUGGUCCGAGGUUCCCGCGCUACAGCAGCCAAAGCAGCUUGGCCAGCGAAGCGUCCAGCACUUUUGAUCGACGCCAGCAGACUUCGCCGCAACAUCAGCACCAGAGGCAUCGCCAUUUUACUCGCCGCUCCCAGCCGGACAUACAUCAGCCCCAGAACGAUGGCAACUGGCAGGGUCAGGGCGGUCAGAGCGGUUCAGGCCAGGAGCAGCCCGCUUCCGGAAAGGAGGAGAGCGAGCUUGUGCGCAAUGCCCAGCAGACAACCAAGUACAUGAACUACCUUUCGGCGCAGAAAUGAGAGACAGGAGAGUGCGUUUGUAAACUAGUUAAUAUAGUUUAUAGAAAGAGAGCAAGAGCGAGAGCCAGAGCCACUGUCAGUCAGCCACUUCCACAACUACUCCAAGUGUUCUUCAAAUUCGUUGUACCCCGCAUUAUCGCCCCUAGAUUGUUAACCGUAACUGUGUCCUAAUGGAGGUGUAUAAUCACGUAGACUGCUUCCUGUCUCAACCCCGAGCUCAAAUGUCAAACCAAAACAAACCUAGCAUGCAACUCAAAUCCAGGCUCAAGCAGAGAAUUCAAAAACAUGCACUACACAUCGGAUCCGAUCAAUUUGUAAAUAUAAUAUAUAUAUAAAUGUUUUAUUUAGUCCCACACAACAACACAUACCACAUAAACCCACACACACACACUCAUUUUUAUAUUUAUACAAUCUAACUAAGUACAAAGUCAAUGAUGAAAGGAGGGGAAAUCCUAUUUCUAUUGAAACAAAAUCAAAGCCUGUUGGAUAAAUGUUAAAAGCACCUACAUACGUCGUCGUUGAGCAAAAAAAAUUUUGUAUUUUAGCUAAAUAUAUACAUACACUUAUAUAUAUGCAUAUUGAAUGUCAUGUUACAGUGCAGAAUCAGCCAAGUUAUUAAAGGAAUUAUACAUACACACAUA